AUGUCGGCGCUUCUAUUCAUUCCCUCUCGAGCCGGACAAGACCUCCAAGCCAGCUUCAGUCUACUUCACGACGACGGGUCACCAGCUACACCCUCAAGACAGAAGAAGCGUACCCCACAUGGCGAACUUCAUUUUCAGAAGACCGAGGAAGCAAACCGCACGUUUUCCACCCUGCUUCGGGCUGAGCUCUUCGACAGUUCGGUACCUCAAGCGUCAUCCCCAGCGUUGACUUCUGACAACGCGCUUCCGGCGUCCGUCCAGACACAUACGAAUAAUGGCACACGCGCGCACACGCCGCCUAUCAACAGCUCGGCCCCGUCGCUUCCUUCUUCCUUGACCCCGUCUACGCCUCACAAGAACCUCUUCUCAUACAUGUCCCCACGCCACCACAACCACGUGGCAGGCCACCCUACGCCCACCAAAACACCCCAAAGUCGUCACGGGCCUAAUCUGGACACCAGAGCCGAAAUAUACAGCCUAUCGCCAGUCCGUUUUGGUAGCCAGCAGCUGCUUCUGAGCCCCCGAAGACAGCCUCGGGCAGUGAGCAAGGUACCAUACAAGGUUUUGGAUGCCCCCGAGCUCGCCGACGACUUCUACUUGAACCUUGUGGACUGGGGAAGCGCGAAUGUGCUGGGUGUAGGCCUGGGGUCCAGCGUCUACAUGUGGAACGCCCAGACAAGCAAGGUCAACAAACUAUGCACACUCGAGGACGAUACUGUCACCAGCGUCUCGUGGAUUCAGAAGGGUACCCACCUGGCCAUAGGCACCGGGAAGGGUCUGGUCCAGAUUUGGGAUGCCGAGAAGACGAGGCGAUUACGCACGAUGACCGGGCACACGGGACGCGUCGGGUCGCUGGCCUGGAACACACAUAUCCUGACGUCAGGAUCUCGUGACAGACUGAUAUAUCAUCGAGACGUCCGGGCUCCCGAUCAGUGGCUCAGGAAGCUUGUUGGACACAAGCAGGAAGUCUGUGGACUCAAAUGGAACUGCGAGGAUGGCCAGCUUGCGAGCGGCGGAAACGACAACAAGCUGAUGGUCUGGGAUAAGCUCUCGGACACACCGUUGUGGAAAUUUUCGGAUCACACCGCAGCCGUAAAGGCCAUCUCGUGGUCUCCGCACCAACGAGGGCUACUCGCUUCCGGCGGAGGCACGGCUGAUCGACGCAUCAUCUUCCAUGACACGGUCAAGGGGUCUGUCAUUAACGAGAUUGACACGGGUAGCCAGGUUUGCAACAUUGCCUGGUCCAAGAACUCGAACGAGAUUGUGUCCACACACGGGUACAGUCAGAACCAGAUUGUCGUGUGGAAGUAUCCUUCGAUGACGCAGGUUGCGAGCUUGACAGGACACACGUAUCGUGUUUUGUACCUGGCUAUGAGCCCAGACGGCCGCGUGGUGGUGACUGGGGCCGGGGAUGAGACGCUGCGCUUCUGGUCCGUCUUUGGCCGUCGGCCAGGGGCCCGAGAAGAAGGGGAGAAUGGUGGUGGACGACUGGCGGACUGGGGCAUCAUUCGAUGA